AUGGAGUCACCCUCCGACGAGAACCCAGAUUACAAGCAGCCAGGAGUCCAUGACCUAACCUCUGGAGAUGUUGAAAACGAAACACUUGGUGAUGACAAUUGCUCAGAUUUUGUGAACAGUCAGUAUUGGCCUGGGCUAGAUUUACCUCCUUUGACCAACGGAUCUACCAGAGGCACAAACGAUGAGAGCAUUCCACAGGAACAUCAGGCGGAUGAGAUAUACGAAUAUCCUCCUCGUCACAUUGAGUCUGGCGAUACCGGGCCCCCAGGUACUGGAAGUAAUUUGGAGGGUGUCUCUACAUGGCAGUACAUUGAUAUGUUGAGGGAUUUGACAACAAUUUCCGUGAGUUCUGGUACGCCGCACCCCUCCCUUGACCAAUACAUUCAAGAUAGAUGCCUAACCUACUCUCUGCUCCACAGGCUCCGACAGCACAGUAGGGAACUCUGGCGACUUAAUUCAAGAGUGCAAUCAAUUAAGCAAGAGCGCCCCAUCUCCUCCUUGGAGUCAUUUUGGAAUACCGUCGGUGACUAA